CGCGCUCAUCAGAGCCUUACGUUUUUGUUUGAUAAGUAACCAGUUAGUGCGUCUUUGCAAGAACUUAAAAUUAACGAAAACUGCAGCGAGCAACGAAUCCGCGCUGAGUUUAAGACGCUGUGAUAGCCGAAAGCCUAUUUUUUAUGUCGUGUCUGAUGUGUGUUUCCGAAGCCAUGGAGUAGAGAUGGAUGUUAGUAAACUCGAGGCAGCUCCGAUAAGCACGCCAAUAAAGAAGCCAAUGUCACCUUUUGCGAAAUUUCGCCAACUCGACCGACAAAAUAGUGCACCAAGUUCGCCAAGCACUCCGAAAACUCCGGGGAAGGAUUUUCAGUUCAAGUUUACCGAUCCCGUGGUGCAAAACAAUGCAGUCCAGAUAAAGGAACGACUGUUGGCGUGGUGCCGUGCCAAAACCAAAGAAUACGAGAAUGUCCAACUGGAUAAUUUCUCGACAAGCUGGAGCAAUGGAUUAGCUUUCUGCGCACUUCUUCAUCAUUUUAGGCCAGAAGCUUUCGAUUAUCACAGCCUCCGCCCUGAAGAUCGAAAAAAAAAUUUCCAAUUGGCAUUUGAAAAAGCUGACGAAAUCGCGGGGAUCGCGCCGCUGUUGGAUGUCGAGGACAUGGUGAUGAUGCGCCGCCCGGAUUGGAAGUGCGUUUUUACAUACGUCCAGUCGAUUUACCGCCGUUUUAAGGACGAAGAUUAAGCGAUCAGCGCACGUUGUUUUUAUUAUUAUUAUUAUUAUUGCUAUUAUUAUUAUUAUUAUUAUUAUUAUUGGACUCGUUUUUGUUAUUAUUGGACUUUAGCGCAGUACGUCGUGAGAGAGACAAUUGCGACACGAGCUUAUAUUUUGUAUUUCUGGCGUGAAACUGUACUGCAAAGAUAUAAUAUAUAUGUUUAUAUAUUUACAAGAAUCCCCAAGCCUUUUGUAUAUACUUCAAAGUUCUAACAACUCGAUUUAGAAUACCGAAAUACGAAAUUACUUAAUUUAUAAACUUA